UGCAAAAGUCAGCAAAACCCUGAACCUUUGCUUCUCCGAGAUUCGGUGGUAAUGGUGUCGCUGAAGCUUCAGAAGCGGCUCGCCGCGAGCGUGCUCAAAUGCGGGAGAGGAAAGGUCUGGCUUGACCCUAAUGAGGUCAACGAGAUAUCCAUGGCGAAUUCCAGACAAAAUAUCAGAAAACUGGUGAAGGAUGGUUUCAUAAUCAGGAAACCAACUAAGAUUCAUUCUAGAUCUCGCGCACGGAGAAUGAAGGAGGCCAAAAGGAAGGGUCGUCACUCUGGAUACGGUAAGCGCAAGGGUACCAGGGAGGCAAGGCUGCCGACGAAAGUUCUGUGGAUGAGGAGAAUGCGUGUGUUGAGACGUCUGCUUCGCAAGUAUCGUGAGUCCAAGAAAAUUGACAAGCACAUGUACCAUGAUAUGUAUAUGAAGGUGAAGGGUAAUGUCUUCAAGAACAAGCGUGGCUUGAUGGAGAGCAUCCAUAAGUCUAAAGCUGAAAAGGCUAGAGAGAAGACACUCUCUGACCAGUUUGAAGCCAAGCGCGCUAAGAGCAAGGCGAGUAGGGAGAGAAAGUUGGCCAGGAAAGAGGAGCGGUUGGCACAGGGACCUGUUGAAAGGGCACCGGCAGCUGCAUCACAACCACAGUCUGAGGGAGCCAAGAAAACAAAGAAGUAAUUGUAGAGAACCCUAGAGCAUGAAUACUGGAGAAUGCAGACUGAUCCGCGUUUAUGCUUAAUAGGAAUUUUUUUUUUUUUUAAAGCCUUGUUUCCCCUCAAUGUAUUGAAGUAAUUUUGUUUUUCUGCGACAGUCAAACUAACUGUAAUGCUAUUUUGUAAGUGUUGAAUUGUAUGGUUUUCAUCUUGGUAAAUUGGGCUUCAGUA